AGUCUAUAGGAAGCACCAAGCCAAGACCACGUAAAACCUCCGACCGCUCCAUUCUCCGACGGAAUCGAAUUCGAAAUAUAAAAAACGACGUCGUUUUCCAACUGAGCAGAGUCCCAAAGCUCAUGUCUCUCUCCUCCGCCCUCAACGCGUUCAAGUCCUCAGCGCUCAUAUCAUGGAAAUCUCUUGGGAAGCUCCAGCAAACCAUAGCGGGGUGUAUCGAGAGGUCUGGCAUCACUUUACACUCCGGCAGGGUUGCCAGGGUGAAGAUAUGGCCGGAGUGUGCUGGAGUUGGGAGAUACUUCGACUUUCGAUCCAAUUUUAUUCACCCUUCAGUCGAUUACGUUCAGGAAUCGCCUCUCUGCACCACGCUCUGCAGAGACGGCUACAAGGUUCGAACUGUCGAGCACUUGCUUUCGGCUUUGGAGGCAAUGGGCGUCGAUAAUUGCAGAAUCGAGGUGGAAGGUUUGAACGGAGAAGAGUCAAGUGUGGAGGUUCCUAUUUUUGAUGGGUCAGCAAAGGAAUGGGUGGAAGCAAUAGAGCAGGUUGGAUUAAAGGUGGCAACAGAUCAGGGUGGCAACAGUUGUGAGAAAAUGAUACCGUUUCUUAUUGAACCUGUGCAUGUGCAUAGGAAUGAUUCUUUUAUAGCAGCUUUCCCCUAUCCCAAAGUUCAGAUCAUUUAUGGAAUCGAUUUUCCACAGGUGCCUGCUAUUGGUUGCCAGUGGUUCUCUUCAGCCUCUUUGGAUGACUCUUUCUACACCAGUGAAAUAGGUCCUUCAAGAACCUUUUGUAUUUAUGAAGAGGUGGAGAAACUACGUAACUUGGGACUCAUUAAAGGUGGCUCAACAGAUAGUGCCAUUGUUUGUAGUGCCAGUAAAGGUUGGCUGAAUCCACCACUGCGUUUCCCUGAUGAACCUUGUCGCCAUAAGGUUUUAGAUCUUAUUGGUGACCUUUCCCUUUUUGCACGGCAUGGUAGUCAAGGGUUUCCAGUGGCACAGAUAGUUGGUUACAAGGGAGGUCAUGCACUGCAUGCAGAUUUUGUACGGCGUCUGUCAGGAAUCAGUUAAUAGGGCUCAGCAUGUUCUACUAACCUUGCCAAUAUGUACUUCAGUAGUUGGAGGCUAAACUCAUGCACACUGAGUUUACAGAUUUUACCUAUUCCUGGCUUUGUACAUUGUAAACAUGAUGGAUAAUUGCGAAAGAAAGAUUUCUCCAAAUUUUUCUAUAUCAUCUGCUGACAUGUCUAAUUGUGAGACAAAGAUUUCUCCAAUUUCUUCUGUAUCAUCUGCUACAAUAUUUAUCAAGCAUCCAGUUGUAGGGAUGUUUACACAAUAUGUCGAAUAAAAAGUAGCAACAUUUUUAUUUUA